CCCUCCCCCACACAGCUUCAGUUUCCGGGGUGGGGGGUGACACCCCGGAUUACAUCUUCCCCCACACCAAGCCGAGGGGACACUGGAUCCCCCCUGGAAGGCCCCAAGACCCAGAUUCUUCGCUGCGCGGCCUCCCAGUGGAGAACCAUCCCCGGCGGCGUCCUGCGGCCACACCCUGCCGGCGAGGCUGGCGGGGCCCACGCGGCCCCACCGGUCCUGCGGGUCUGGCCUGUGGAGGAGCUACGAAUGGCCCGACCUGCCCCAGCUUGGCGGUCGCCGGUCGCCCCGGGCCCGGAGGCCUCGGAAGACUGUUGGAGAGGGAGGUGGGGAGAGGGUGCUGCCCCCCGGCGACGUCCUUCCCCUGGAGUCGCCGACCCUCGGCGCAGCCAAUUGGCUCAGCGACAUGGCGGCCGCCGCUUCCCUGAGGGGCUCUGCGGCAGUCUUCUGCCUGGUGACAGAAGCUCUGGGAAUCAAGUUUAUGACGUAAUCGCUCCAGCGGACCAAUAGAAGAUGCUCCCGCGGAGAGGCGUUCCUUCCCCUUCGCCUGGACUUCUUCCCGGGCGUGCGCGCGCGCCGGGGGUGGGGGAAGUCUCGAGCGCGGUGGCGCGCAUGAGCGGCGAAGCUCCGCCCCUCCGCCUAUAUAUAAAGGGCUGGCGCGGGGCUCGGCGGCGCCAUUUCGCGCUGGAGUGGAGCAACCUCUAGAACGGGCUGGAGGAUUCUGCCUACCGAUACAGAGCUUUCGAGUCGUCGGGGCCCGCCAUUGCAAUCCACGUCCAUCCGCUUGGAAAUGGCCUUCGUCUCGGCCUAUGACCGUUCCCGGCGGACAGUACAGACCCCAUAGAAGCCCCCGAAGCUCCCCUUUUUCGGGCCCCGCCCAAUCCUCGGAAUCUGUCCACCCCCUCUACUCCGCCCUCAAGAGGAUUUCAAAGAUGGAGGCGGCGGCUCCUUAAACCACUUUCCGUGUUCAUCCGCCUCCAUCGAGAUUGAAACGGGACUUCGUCCGCUCCGGACGGUCCCCGCAGGAAGAGGGGAUUCUUGCAGAUCAACAGCGGGCAAUAUUGACGACGUUGUCUGGGAUCGGGGGCCUUCCUAGGGUUGGAAGAGUACCCUCGCUCGCCCGCCUCUGCUGAGGCCGCCGCCAUUUUCUCGCUGUCCGCCUCCUGCGGAGCGCGCCAAGCUGCCGGGAGCUUUCGGUGAAACAGCGGAGGAGACUUUCUUUCCUGCCCGGUGGGGGGGGGGUUGUCGCCUGGAAGGCAAGGGCAGCGGCCCCCCCUACUUCCCGGGUUAUGCUGGACCGGGCGGCGAGGGGAACCGAGGCCACCCGGACUUGCCGCGGCUGAGUGCAGCGCCGGUUCCCCGCGGUCAAGAUGCUGCAAAACGUAACUCCCCACAAGCUCCCUGGGGAGGGGAAUGCAGGGUUACUGGGGCUGGGCCCAGAAGCUGCAGCGCCUGGGAAAAGGAUUCGAAAGCCCUCCCUGUUGUAUGAGGGAUUUGAAAGCCCCACAAUGGCUUCAGUGCCAGCUUUACAACUGACCCCUGCCAACCCACCACCCCCGGAGGUAUCCAAUCCCAAAAAGCCAGGACGGGUUACCAACCAGCUGCAGUACCUGCACAAAGUGGUGAUGAAGGCUCUGUGGAAACAUCAGUUUGCAUGGCCCUUCCGGCAGCCUGUGGAUGCUGUCAAACUGGGUCUGCCGGAUUACCACAAAAUUAUAAAGCAGCCUAUGGACAUGGGUACUAUUAAGAGGAGACUUGAAAACAACUAUUAUUGGGCUGCUUCAGAGUGUAUGCAGGAUUUUAAUACCAUGUUCACCAACUGUUACAUCUACAACAAACCCACUGAUGAUAUUGUCCUGAUGGCACAAACGCUGGAAAAGAUCUUCCUACAGAAAGUGGCAUCAAUGCCACAAGAGGAACAAGAGCUUGUGGUGACCAUCCCUAAGAACAGCCACAAGAAGGGGGCCAAGUUGGCAGCACUCCAGGGCAGUAUCACCAGUGCCCACCAGGUGCCUGCUAUCUCCUCUGUAUCUCACACAGCCUUGUAUACUCCACCUCCCGAGAUACCUACCACUGUCCUCAACAUUCCCCACUCAUCGGUCAUCUCUUCUCCCCUUCUCAAGUCCUUGCACUCCGCCGGACCCCCGCUCCUUGCUGUCUCUGCAGCUCCCCCAGCCCAGCCCCUUGCCAAGAAAAAGGGGGUAAAGCGGAAAGCAGAUACUACUACCCCAACACCUACAGCCAUCCUGGCUCCUGGUUCCCCAGCUAGCCCCCCCGGGGGUCUUGAGCCGAAGGCAGCACGGCUUCCCCCUAUGCGCAGAGAGAGUGGCCGCCCCAUCAAGCCCCCACGCAAAGACUUACCUGACUCUCAGCAGCAACACCAGAGCUCCAAGAAAGGAAAGCUAUCAGAACAGUUGAAACAUUGCAAUGGAAUUUUGAAGGAGUUACUCUCUAAGAAGCAUGCUGCCUAUGCCUGGCCUUUCUAUAAACCAGUGGAUGCUUCUGCUCUGGGCCUGCAUGAUUACCAUGACAUCAUUAAACACCCCAUGGACCUCAGCACUGUAAAGCGGAAGAUGGAGAAUCGGGAUUACCGGGAUGCCCAGGAGUUUGCUGCUGAUGUGCGGCUUAUGUUCUCCAACUGCUAUAAGUACAAUCCCCCAGACCAUGAUGUUGUGGCCAUGGCACGAAAGCUACAGGACGUAUUUGAGUUCCGUUAUGCCAAGAUGCCAGAUGAACCACUGGAGCCAGGGCCUCUGCCAAUCUCUGCUGCCUUGCCUGCUGGCCUGGCCAAAUCAUCUUCAGAGUCCUCUAGUGAGGAGAGUAGCAGUGAGAGCUCUUCUGAGGAGGAGGAGGAGGAAGAGGAAGAAGAGAGUGAAAGCUCUGACUCUGAGGAAGAACGGGCUCAUCGCCUGGCUGAGCUGCAGGAACAGCUUCGGGCAGUACAUGAACAACUGGCUGCCCUGUCCCAAGGCCCAAUAUCCAAGCCCAAGCGGAAGAGAGAGAAAAAAGAGAAGAAGAAGAAACGGAAGGCAGAGAAGCAUCGAGUCCGAGCUGGGGUAGAUGAAGAUGACAGGGGGUCUCGGGCACCCCGCCUCUCUCAGCCCAAGAAGUCCAAGAAAGCAAGUGGCAGUGGGGUUGGCAGUGCUGCUACACUAGGUCCCCCUGGCUUUGGACCUUCUGGAGGAAGUGGCACCAAACUACCCAAAAAGGCCACAAAGACAGCCCCACCAACCCUGCCUACAGGCUACGAUUCAGAGGAGGAGGAGGAAAGUCGGCCCAUGAGUUACGAUGAGAAGCGUCAGUUGAGCCUGGACAUCAAUAAAUUACCUGGGGAGAAGCUGGGUCGAGUUGUGCACAUAAUCCAAGCCAGGGAGCCCUCCUUACGUGACUCAAACCCAGAGGAGAUUGAGAUUGAUUUUGAAACUCUCAAGCCAUCCACGCUUCGAGAGCUUGAGCGCUACGUCCUUUCUUGCCUUAGAAAGAAACCGCGGAAGCCCUACACCAUUAAAAAACCUGUGGGAAAGACAAAGGAGGAACUGGCUUUGGAGAAGAAGCGGGAACUAGAAAAGCGGUUACAAGAUGUCAGUGGGCAGCUCAAUUCCACCAAAAAGCCCCCCAAGAAAGCGAGUGAGAAAACAGAGUCGUCAUCUGCUCAGCAAGUAGCAGUGUCACGCCUCAGCGCUUCCAGCUCCAGCUCAGACUCCAGCUCCUCCUCUUCAUCGUCAUCCUCUUCAGACACCAGUGAUUCAGACUCAGGCUAAGGGCCCGGCCAGAUGGGGCAGGAGGCUCCGCAGGACCGGACCCUUAGACCACCCUGCCCCAUCCCUUCCCCCCGUGCUGUGACACUUCCUCAUCUCACCCACUCCCCCCACUGUAGGAGAGCUGGCUCUGCAGGGGGGAGGGAUGUGGGGACAUUUGCCGAAGGAGGGACAUAAUGGACAAAAUAUGGUUGUGUUCCCAGCCCCAUUGAAAGUGACCUCUUGGGCAGGGUCCCCAUUCAAAAUGAUUGGGACCGGACGGUGGGAGUGGGCAAAGACUCCAGUAGGGGUUGCCUGAGGCCAUAGCGGCCCUGUUCACUUGUAAAGGCCCGGUUGUGAGGUUGGUUCUAAUUUAUUUAAGCUAGGUAAGGCUGAGGCGUGUGGGGCCAUGGUCCCUUUGGCCUCCGUGGGGAAGGGAGAAGGGGGAGCUCAUUUUUUACGUUGACAUUUUUCUACUCUGUUUUCCCUUUUUCUUCUGCUCCAUUUGGGGCCUUGGGGUUUCUAUCAUCUCCCCAUUUGGUCCCCUGGAUUGUCUUUGUCUGUUGAUUCUAACUUGUAAAUAAAGAAAGUAUUAUUCAA